ACAUUCUAUUGGUCCACAAAUAAUCAAUUUAGCAUUUGAACCAAUCACGUUUAUUAACGAUGCCCACAGUGCGGUAAAAAAUAGUGACGGUUAUCAAAUCGAGGCCAGAAUUCUCUCAAUACCAGGCGGGGGAGCCCCUUUCUCACCACACCAAAAGCAUCAUCGCUUUGCCUCAUUGAAAGGAAAGGGAGGAGAGAUGCAGAGGGAUGUAAGAUGGCAGAGCUACAAAUGUUGCUAGAGGAAGAAAUUCCGGCCGGUAAACGAGCACUCGUGGAAAGCUACCAAAAUCUUUCGAGGGUUGCAGAAUACUGUGAAAACAAUUAUGUACAGGCCCAGGACAAGAGGAAGGCCCUGGAGGAGACUAAAGCCUACACCACCCAGUCCCUGGCUAGCGUGGCCUACCAGAUCAACGCCCUGGCCAACAAUGUCCUGCAGCUGCUGGACAUCCAGGCCUCACAGCUUCGCAGAAUGGAGUCCUCCAUCAAUCACAUCUCUCAGACCGUGGACAUCCACAAGGAGAAGGUGGCGCGCCGAGAGAUCGGCAUCCUGACCACCAACAAGAACACGUCGCGCACGCACAAGAUCAUCGCCCCCGGCAACAUGGAGCGGCCGGUCAGAUACAUCAGGAAGCCAAUCGACUACACGCUGCUGGAUGACGUGGGCCACGGUGUCAAAUGGCUUAAGGCCAAGCAACAUGGCAACAACCAGCCAGUGAGGGGGGGAGGAGCUACUUUAUCAAGGACCAAUCCGCCAACACAGAAACCCCCGAGCCCGCCAAUGGCUGGUCGUGGAACUCUUGGACGAAACACCCCCUAUAAGACCCUGGAGCCCGUGAAACCCCCCACGGUGCCAAACGACUACAUGACCAGCCCCGCCCGCCUGGGCAGUAACCACAGCCCCGCCCGCACAGCCUCCCUUAACCAGAGACCCAGGACACACAGUGGAAGCAGUGGGGGUAGUGGCGGGCGAGAGAACAGCGGUGGCAGCAGUAUUAGUGUUCCUCUGGCUGUACCCACGCCUUCCCCUCCCAGCCUGGGACCAGCGGCGUCGACGGUCGGGCACCAGGGCCCGGGUUUGGGACCCGUCCCCAUGUCCCAGUUUGGCACCAUCUCGCGGCAGGUCUCCCGCCACAACUCGGCCACCUCCUCCGCCUCCAUGGUGUCGGCCACAGGCACCUAUCGCCGGGCACCCUCGGGCACCUCCCACUUCUCCGUGUCCCAGCAGCCACACCUCAACGGAGGCCCCGCCUACCCCCAGAACACAGUCUCUGUGGCUCCGCCCCCUCCACCUAUGGUCCAGCUCACUCCUCAGAUUCCUCUGACGGGCUUUGCGGCCAGAGUGCAGGAGACCAUUACAGACAGCCCCGAGCCCCCUCCGCCACCCCCUCCCGAGGACGUGGUAAUGUUCGAGGUUCCCUCGCCCCCUCCGCCUCCCCCGCCCGUGGACUACCAGGGGGAUGAGGAGGCAGCGGUGGUGCACUACAGUGACCCCUACGCCGACGGGGACCCCCACUGGGCGCCCAAGGCCUACGUGGAGAAGGUGGUGGCCAUUUACGAUUACUCCAAGGACAAGGAGGAUGAGCUGUCCUUCAUGGAGGGGUCCAUCAUCUACAUCAUCAAGAAGAACGACGACGGCUGGUACGAGGGUGUCUGCAACGGCGUCACCGGCCUCUUCCCCGGCAACUACGUUGAGUCCAUCAUGCACUACGCGGACUAAGGGCGGCCAUUUUGACGUCGCAGAAACGCCAAGAAAAAAAAAUAAAAAGGUUUUGAAUUGAAUCGAGUUCUGUGUUUUAGCAUCUGAAACCACAAGGUAGGGUUUAGUAAAAUCUGGGCUUUUAAUUUUGUCACACGGUGCCACCCCCCAUCGUUUGUCCAUACAGCAAAACUUUAGUCUUACUUUUACAGAAGAAAAAAAAGAAGAAACAAACAAACAAGCUUAAAGAAGUGCAUUAGGACAUGGCCGAAUGUUUGUUUGUUCAAAUCACAUAUGUUAAAAAAAUAUUAAAUAUUAUAUUUACUAUGCUAGGUGUUGGGGGGGUGGUGAGGGGACAGGAAACGUCAGGAGGGGGUGUACUGAGUAUAGAAUGCUAAAAGAUAAGAUCAAUACUUUGUGUGUUUCUGGUGAAAUUAUUUUGUUUCUGUUGUGUAUAUAUAUAUAAUGUAAUAUGAGAAUCUGCCAGUUUGUGUCAGUGGUGUGUUUUACCAGUGAGUUUUCAUCGCCGUCUUUUGAGUGGAGUGGUCAUAGCAAGCAAUGUUGUGCCAGGUAGGGGUGGUUUGAAUCAGUCUUAUUUCAUUUUUAUGUUGCGUGUUCUUUUGUCUCUUCUAGUGCCAUUUCUACAGAAUGUUGUCCAAUUGUCACUUGAUAAGACAUUUCUACUUACCUUCUAGAUCGGCUGUCAAGCUUACUGUAGCAAGUGGUUCCUGAUGUCUGCUUGCUUCAAUCGGCAACGAAAACGAUUCGUUGUACUCUUUUCUCCAGUCACUGUGCCAUUGUGUUGGAAUGUCUGCACUGAUUAGUUUUCAGCGACUUGUUGUAUUACUUCCAUUAUGGAUUUGAUUGCCGAACCUUGGUUACAUUCAGGCUAUCCAGCUGUUAUCAUUUUUUGUUAUCUUCCCGGGUUAGUAAGUUGGCUCUGGUUAGGUAAUCACCUUUGGUGCUCGAUAACCCUAAAUCACCUACCAUCCUUAACACAACUUCGGAAAACGAGGACAUAAGACUGUCAAAAAAAGACUGUCGGCUGCUGGCCUACUUGUUGAGCAGUGCGUACCGAUUUGUAACAAUGGUGAACAUUUAAUCGUAAGUGUGACCGAGCUCAAUUGUUUCUAUCACAGUGAAUGUAGGCAAUUUGGCAGUGCAUUGUGGACCGAAGUGUACCAAAAUGAUUGUCUUUGGGAAAAAGGAUGACUAAUUUGUGUCACACAUUUAUUGUAGAUUCACAUCCUCAUGCGUACAAUAGGUUAUUGACGUGGCAUGAAGACAGUUUAUGAAUAUGUGCUACCAUGCUCACACGCCGUGGUCUAAACACCGCUUGUGGCACGAUGGCCUUACCAACGGUUUGUCACCGGCAGCCAGUGCUUCCACAAACAGGUGAUGAACGUAGGUUUCGGUUUGCGACCUCUUUCCGUCACAAAUGUCGUGCUUGAUUCAGUCCAACAUGCGUUACAGUAUUUAUGCAGUGGCUCCUUUCCCCAGCGGUCAGAUUAACUCACAGAGCAAGAUGCUGCGAAAACACUCCUUUGGGGCGUGUUUGAAUGAAGUUAUAGCUUGCCGCGUGACCUGUGUGGAUUUACGUGUGACGCAAAACAUGUCCGUGAAUAGUAUUCAACCGUAAUGUAUGCAUGAAGACUUGCGUACCAAAAAUUCUAUUUUUUUUUUUUUGUGUGAAUAAUCAUUUGCCACUACGUCCAGUUCAUCGAUUGUACUUUUAUCUUUACCAUCGGAGAUCAUUUUUGUGAGAAAACCUUUUCUACCUACGCAUUUCUAACAUUGCGUUUUGUUUAGAAAUACUUUGAGAUUCCUGUACAUGAUUUUAGUAGCAGUGUAUUUUGAUCUAUUAAUAUUUUUCCCGAAGAUUAGGAUGGAACAACCACUCACAUGCAACCGAAUUUCGUAUGUUUUCCACUAACAUUUCGGGGCACCCCAUCUGAAGGCGCCUUGGUUUGAUGUCUGUUUUCUAAUAUGAAACGUGGAAAAAGUGAUGAUAUGUAACUUAAGUGUUCAUGGGAACAGAACACUGACAAUUGUCUUCUUUCCCCUUGGCUUGUAUAUAUAAUGUGUUCAUUGAAAUGUAUGUACAGUCCUUUUGUAAUAAACAGCUUGCCGAAAACAAA